CCGUGAGACACGCAUCUGCCCGAAGCACACGUAUAAAUGCUCAUGAACUUUGAUAUGUACUCCAAAACUGGUGGACCGCGCCGUGGAAGAUCUUUCGACUCGGUGAAAACAUGUUACGAGGAAAAGCAGCUUAACUAUGAGAUUAACAAGGCCAACUUCAGCAAGAUCGAAGAAAACAAGAAACUGACAUCGCCCAGGAAGGGCCAUGCUGCCAUCCUCUUCUCUCUGAAGAAUGAGGUCGGAGGCCUGGUGAAGGCUCUCAAGCUCUUCCAGGAAAGCCACUUCAACAUCGAGGCUCGUAAGCGGCGCAACUCUGAGUUUGAGGUGUUUGUGGACUGUGACAGCGACCACCAGCAGCUCAGAGAGGUCAUCCAGCUCCUGCAGAGGCACAUGAACCUGCCCGACAUGGACCUCAAAGACAACAUCAGCCUGCCGGAAGAUGAUAUGGACGGAGUCCCCUGGUUCCCCAAGAAGAUCUCCGAUCUGGACCAGUGUGCCAACCGGGUUCUGAUGUACGGCUCAGCCCUGGACGCAGACCAUCCGGGUUUCAAAGACAAUGUGUAUCGUAAGAGAAGAAAGUACUUUGCAGACCUUGCCAUGGGCUACAGACAUGGCGAGUCGAUCCCGCACGUGGACUUCACGGCGGAGGAGGUGCAGACGUGGGGCGUGGUGUACCGGGAGCUGAGCGCGCUCUACCCGAGCCACGCCUGCCGCGAGUACCUGAAGAACCUGCCGCUGCUCACGCAGCACUGCGGCUACCGCCAGGACAACAUCCCACAGCUGGAGGACGUGUCUCGCUUCCUCAGAGAGCGUACUGGCUUCACCAUCCGGCCCGUGGCUGGUUACCUGUCUCCGCGUGACUUCCUGGCUGGCCUUGCGUUCCGUGUCUUCCACUGCACCCAGUAUGUGCGCCACAGCUCUGACCCUCUGUACACCCCUGAACCGGACACGUGUCAUGAGCUGCUGGGCCAUGUGCCCCUGCUGGCGGAGCCCAGCUUUGCCCAGUUCUCCCAGGAGCUCGGCCUCGCUUCCCUCGGGGCCUCCGACGACUCCGUCCAGAAACUCGCCACCUGCUACUUCUUCACGGUGGAGUUCGGCCUGUGUAAGCAGGAGGGGCGACUCCGAGCGUACGGGGCCGGCCUGCUGUCCUCCAUCAGCGAGCUGAAGCAUGCUUUAUCUGGCAAAGCCAACAUCCUGCCCUUUGACCCCGAUGUCACGUGUAAGCAGGAGUGCCUCAUCACCACCUUCCAAGACGUCUACUUCCUGUCUGGGAGUUUUGAGGAAGCCAAGGUCAAAAUGAGGGAGUUUGCGAAGACGAUCAAGCGUCCGUUCAGCGUGCGCUACAACCCCUACACCCAGAGCGUGGACGUGCUGAAGGACAUGCCCAGCAUCAACAGCGUGGUGGAGGAGCUGCGGCACGAGCUGGACAUCGUGGGCGACGCCCUGCAGAGGCUCAACCAGCACAUGGGCGUCUGACCCCCCCCCACG